GUUGCUACCAUAUGUAGCAUCUAGCCAUCUCCUGAAUCCUGACUCCUUUGUAGAUGUUGCGUUUCUCUCUCCUAUAAAUUCAAGCACUAUACAAUGCAUGUGCUAAAAUCCACUUUUUUACACACUUUUUGGUUGAGUUGGGAAUUUGGGCACCAAAUUUUCUCAACUGUUAGUUGCAUGCAUUACUUAUUCUCCAGUGGAAAGUAAAUGGGAUGUUUCAGGGUUUCUUUUCUUGGUCAUUUUUAUGGAGAACCUGACAAGUAAAAGGUUUGAACUUUGACAUUUCUUUUAUAAUUACUACUAUUAUAUUACUGAGAUUUUUAUUUAGUGUUUUGGAAGAUAAUAACUUUGGUAGCUGAACAAACCCUGACGGUGUAACCAAAGAAAUCUUUGGGAUAUUUGUUGUUUAAUAUUCUGAUUUUUAAUUGUCCUGAUGUUUCAAGUCUUCAAAAAUAAAAGUAAAGACUUCUGUGAUUAGUUAUGAUGUAGGUAUGAAAAUCCACCAAUCAAGAUUAUGUUUUGUACAACAUCAAGAUUUUGUCUUAAAAAUUGGGUUUCUAUGAUUCUAUUUUGGGAUACAAAGAGUUGAUUUUGGUGUAAUAGGAUCAAAUAAACUAUACCCAUAUCAGAUUUUGAAGUGGGUUUGAGGAAAUUUUACUAGAAUUAUUAGUACAAGUGAGCUACAAGAUUAUUGCAUAAAACCUCUUGUUAUAAAUACAUAAAUUAGGAUAGUGUGAAUUUGGAUGUUCUGUGAUAAUUGGGAUUGAGUGAUUGACAUAGAAAGAAAUGGUUGGGAGUAUUGCAGCCAUGAGUAAUGGUUUGUAUAGUAAUGGAUCAAUCCAUCAUCAGAAUGGCAAUGAGGAGAAGCUCGACGAGCUCCGAAGGCUGUUGGGAAAGACUGAUGGUGAUCCUUUAAGGAUUGCAGGUGUUGGAGCUGGUGCUUGGGGUUGUGUAUUUGCAGCUUUGCUGCAAGACAGUUAUGGUAAAUUUCGGGAUAAGGUUCAAAUUAGGAUAUGGAGGAGGUCAGGAAGAGCUGUUGAUAGACCAACUGCUGAGCAUCUAUUUGAAGUGAUUAAUUCAAGAGAGGAUGUUUUAAGGAGAUUGAUUCGUCGUUGUGCUUAUUUGAAGUAUGUUGAAGCGAGGUUGGGUGAUCGAACUCUUUAUGCAGAUGAGAUAUUGAGGGAUGGAUUUUGCUUAAACAUGAUUGAUACACCACUUUGUCCUUUGAAAGUUGUGACCAACUUACAGGAAGCGGUUUGGGAUGCUGACAUUGUUGUGAAUGGAUUGCCCUCGACUGAAACUCGUGAGGUUUUCGAAGAGAUCAGUAAGUAUUGGAAGGAGAGGAUCUCUGUUCCACUAAUCGUCUCUUUGUCAAAGGGAAUUGAGGCUGCAUUGCAUCCUGUUCCCCAUAUAAUCACUCCAACACAGAUGAUUCACCGAGCAACUGGAGUUCCAAUGGAGAAUAUCCUUUACCUAGGUGGACCAAAUAUUGCCGCUGAGAUCUACAACAAGGAAUACGCUAACGCACGUAUAUGUGGAGCAGAAAAAUGGAGGAAACCUCUGGCAAAGUUUUUAAGACAACCUCAUUUCAUUGUGUGGGACAAUAGUGAUCUUGUCACUCAUGAAGUUAUGGGGGGUCUGAAGAAUGUGUAUGCUAUUGGAGCUGGAAUGGUAGCUGCCCUCACUAAUGAAAGUGCUACAAGCAAAUCAGUGUAUUUUGCUCACUGUACAUCAGAGAUGAUAUUCAUUACUCAUUUGUUGGCUGAAGAGCCUGAGAAGCUUGCUGGGCCGUUGCUGGCUGACACAUAUGUGACAUUAUUGAAAGGACGGAAUGCAUGGUAUGGACAAAUGCUGGCGAAGGGUGGUUUGAACCUCGAUAUGGGGGAUAGCAUUAGUGGAAAGGGGAUGAUUCAGGGUGUCUCAGCUGUUGGAGCAUUCUAUGAGCUACUGAGUCAGUCCUCCUUGAACGUGUCUCGUCACGGAGAAAGCAAGCCGGUCGCGCUUGUUGAGUUAUGCCCAAUCCUGAAGACACUUUACAAGAUACUCAUCAAGAGGGAACAAUCACCAAUAGACAUUCUCCAAGCACUGAGGGAUGAGAAUAUGAAUGAUCCCCGGGAUCGAAUCGAAAUUGCACAAUCUCAUGCUUUCUACAUGCCUUCACUUCUGGGGAAGCCUAUAGAUUCUUGAUUUCUCAUUUGUAAAAUGUUUUAAGUGGAUCAAAGAAUGAAAAAAACUUCCACAUCAUAAUGAUAGAAGCAUCAUAUCCUCAUAAUUCACCUUUCAUACCGAAGGAUGCAGUUUACAUGCAUACAAGUAGUAGUAGUAGACUAGUAGUACCCCAUUUAAUUUUUGUCUCUUUUUCUAAGUUCAAUUAUGAGAAUUGUUCUUAGGGGAAAUUUAAUUUAAUGGUAAAUGUGUUUGCAUUAAAGUAUUCAUGGUAGGAAUUGGAAUUUACUCAAAUAGUAAGAUUUUCCAUCUCACUAACGAAUUCUAGGAUUCAAUCCCUACCCUUACACUUGCGAGAUAAAAAAAAAAUCCUUGUCUCGUCUUUCACUUCUCUGCCCUUGAUUUUAAUUGUGUGGUUAAGAUUACAAUUCCAAACGCGAAAAACUAAUUCCAAAAUGUGCUAAACGGAAUUCUGUCAAAAACAAUUAAUCGUUGUAUAUUUAAACCACAAAUAUUAUAUAUUAAACUAAAAAUUUUAAAUAAAGAAAACUAAGAUGUUAGGGAUUCAAUUCUUAUUAGGGACACAUAUGGAAAGGCAAUUCCUUUUUACUCCACCUAACUUUGUCUAGUACCCUAACUAGGGUUAUGUUGACCUACCACAAGUUUCUGUCAUGUAUGGCUUUUCAUCUUACCAACCUAAUUUUUUUUUUUUGUUAUACUCCAUUAUAAAAGUUCGAUUAUAAAAAUUAAGCUUCAAUUUAAUCGAUUAGUUAUUGCAACAUUCCUCUUAUUUAAAAGUUUUAUAUUAAUGUCAAUAUACUAAAUUUGACUAUGUAAUCUCUUAAUUUCUCUGUUUAUCGCAGAUAAGUACAUGCACCCAAGUGCGUGUAGAGCAUGGUGCACCGUUUUCUAAACUAAGUUGUUCUAUCAUUUUUAGAGUCUAUAAUUUAAAAAAAUUAUUGUUAUUGGCUUCCUUAAAUUUUGCAAUUAAAAAUUCCUUCUUCAAAUUUAUAUUUAAAGGUAUAUGUUCUUUUACAAGUGUAGAUGUUCAUUUAUUAUAUGUUCUUUUCAUUAUAACCUUUUGUUCUUGGAAAAAUUCACAAGAGAGAGCUCAACUGUUACCCAUUUUCUUUUAUAAGUCUCAACUAUGGAUUAUUCCCUACAGGCUACAGGUCCCAAGUUUACUAUCUUGUAAUUCACAUAGGUCAUGCGUUACUUAUAAGCGGUUUAAAAGAUAAGAUUUUUAAAUGUUUACCAUCUUCGAACACUUUCAGCAAGUGACAAAGUCCUAUAAAAUGGGACGAACAUUUAAAAAUAUUACAUUUUAAACCGUUUAUAAUUAAUUCAGGACUUAUAAAAAUCACAAUAUGGUAAACUUGGGACCUGCAAAGAAUAAUUCAUAGUUGGGACCUAUAAAAGAAAAUGGGUAAUAGUUGGACCCUAUCUUGUGAAUUUCUCCUUUGUUCUUUUAUAAAUAUAAAAUUACAUGUUCUUUUAUUUUAUGUUGUGUAUUCUUUUUUAAAAUAGAAAAGUUGUUCAAAAAAGUUUGUGUUCUUUUAUAUAAAUGGUAUGUUCUUUUUAGAUGCACAAUAGUGCUGUGCAUAAUUCACGCUUUGUCCUUUUAUUAUAUGAGUUUUUUUUUUCAUCUCUCUCUUCUCGUAAAAAAAUAAAAAAAUGUGCAACCUCUUGCAAUUGUGUAAGGAAAAAUUGACAUGAAUAAUCUCAACUUUAUAUUAUUUUGGAAUAAUCCAACCUCAGAGAAUAUCUUCUCAAAAUAAUCCAAACUAUUAUUUUUUUAUAUAUUAUAAAUCUAAAACGGAUUAGUGUAGGUAAGAAAAUUGAUACUUUAGUUUAUUUUGAGAAAAUUCCCUCAAAAUUAGAUUAUUAUGAAAUAAUCCAAAGUUGAGAUUAUUGUAAGAGACGGCUAAAAAUUCAUCUUAAUUUCUCAUUGUUAAAAACGAAGUAUACCAGUUACCACAGUUUAAACUAACAUUUCCCAAACAUUAGUAUAGGUUUGGAAUCGGCGCAGUUGCCCAAACAACGUGCGGCAUUCAAAUCGAUCAAGUUCCACGACGGUAUACUACAUAAAGAAAAGCAAACCCAGUAAUUUAGGGUUUCAGUGAGAUACAAUACAACAAUGGCGAAUUGUGCAAUUCCGAAUGAAGGUCUCAAAGAUCUUCUUAAACCUUUCUACCACAGAGCUUCUGAAGCCGAGGAUCGCCUGUCAAAACUUGAGACUGUGAUUUCGAGUAAGAAGGGAAUUUCUGAGGCUGGAUCUGGUAAUGAGGAAUGUUCAACGAAGGUGAAAGAGUUGGAGUUGAAGUUAAAAGAAGUGACUGCAGAGCUAGCUGCUGAGCGAGAGAAGGUUGCGAAGCUCACUGUUGAGAACAAUAAGAAGGACUACCGCAUGAGUCACCUUGUCCGUUCACUCAAAGAGACUGAUCUCAAGUUGGAGCAAUUGACUGCCAAAUAGUCACAUUCAGAUACACCCAGUCACCCACUUCAUUUAUCUUUAUGAAAUGGACUGCAUACAUUUUGGAGUACUCUUAUGGCCUUAUCACAACUAAUUACGAGAACUGGAUGUAGUGGUGAACUGGUGAUUAUAGCUUAAAUGCAGAUCGAGUCACGAUUGACAAAGAACAACCUCAAGUUACCUCAGUGUAUACAAACUUUUGAAGCCCAUUGGAUCUCUAGAACUGGAUUGACUUAGUGUGAAAAUUUAAGACUUGUGUAGAAGAAAGAGCAGGGAAGAGAACUUGAAUUUAGGCUGCAUUGUGACAAUUCCGAGAUUUAUGACAUUUUGGAUGGAUGUUCACUGUAUAAUUCAAGGACAUCUUUGAGUGUAGAAGUUGAAACUUAACAAAUUAUUGGUAUGCUUUGUUUUAGACUAUGUAUGCUGAUGUUGCACUCUUGAGGUGCUAAGAAACUGGUAAGAGUAAACCACCGCCUUUGGUUCAUAA